AUUUGUGUUACAUUUAAGUAAAUAUCAUUUACAACAGCUGUGCUGUAUGUGCCUGUGUAUGUGAGUGUGCGUGUGUGUGCGCCUCUGUAUGUGCCCGCUAGAUGGCGCUGCUCUGCGAGCUGGCGGCUCAUUUAGUUAUUGCGCGCCGCGCUCCUCUGAUUGUUGCUAAUAAAACGCGCAAAGCCGAAUUAUAUAGCUAAGCAACAACAACAAAUAAAUUUCAAUUUAUUACUUAGCAUAACAACAGCAACAACAACAACAACAUCGACAGCAAUCGCAGCAGCAACAAUUGCUACAACUGUUUCGCGCUUUUCGGUUUACGGUUUGUCGGUUGUCGUCGUCGUCGCCGUCGCAGUUCGUCAUUUGAGUUGCACCUGUAACGGUCGCAACGGUUCGCUAUGUAUCGUCGUCGUCGUUUGGCAGCCGCUAGUUUCAUCUUCGAAGUGGGCAAAUCGCAGCAACAAUUGCCAAUAAACAGCAACUCUAACUAAAAAAUAAAAAUAAAAUAAAAUAAUACAAACUUUAAAAUACCAAAAAAAAAAAAUAAUAAUAAUAAUAAUAAUUAUAAAAUAUAUUAUUUUCUUCGUCCACAAAUAAUCCAAGAGUAAUUGUCAGCAAAACUGGAUUAUUUGCUGAAAACUUUGCGCACGCUGAAAUCCAAUUCGAUUAUGGCCGAGAAUCAAAGCGCUGCUAACGAAGAUUCUGGUCAGCAACAACAGCAACAGCAGCAGCAGCAACAUCAACAUCAACUUCAACAGCAACAACAACAUCAGCAUCAGCUCAGCACAGCAGCAACAAUUGCAAAUAGCGGUCAGGCCAGCGGCAGCAAUUCGGCCGCCUCAUCGCCCGAAAGUUCACAGGAGACGCACAGCAUCGUAGCCAAUACAGCAGCAACAGCAGCAACAACAACAACAGCAGCAGCCAUACGCCGACAGCAGACGAGCAAUAUACCACAGCAGCAGCAACGCGCCAGCAUCAACAUGUUCGAUCGCCAUCUGAAUGCUAAGUUCAAGCCCACUGGUGGGGCAGCUGCUGGUGCGGGCAAUGCGCCCGCUCGUCGCAAUUCCAUACAGACGCCGGGGCGUGGCGUUGUGGGCGUGGUUGGCACCACCAGCAUCAAGAAGCCGCCGUUGACCAAGGUCAAUUCGUUGGGCGGCAGCGGGCAACAUCAUCAUCAUCAUGGCUCGCACUUGCAUCAUCAUCAGGCGCAUGCGCAUCAGAACAACAGCAACAAUAGCAACAACAGUAACAGCACCAACAACAGUAACAACAUUCAGCGCACCACCAGCGAAAGUCUGCGCUUGAAUGCGUUGAGUCGCGGCAAUGCAACGCCAGCCACAGCAACAGCAACAGUUGCUGCAGAUGGCAGCGUGAGUGUGUCGCGUGCCAGCAGCAACAGCAGCUUGUCGCUGGCGCCGAAAUCGAGCAGCAGCAAUCACUCGACGGCAACAACGGCCACAGCGGCAACUAGCAGCAGCAGCAACAGCAGCAACACCAGCCAUGCUGCCGGCAACAACAAGCCCAGCUCGCCCAACAACAAUGGCGCUGCGCUGCCAGCAGCAGCAACAGCAACAGCAGCAGCCGCCGGACAUCAUGGGCAUCAUCAUCAUCACCAGCAUCAUCAUCAUCCGCAUCACACCAGCCACAGCCAGGGACAUCAGUCAGCAGCAGCCACAGCAGCAGCAGCAGCAGCAACUAAUGCAGCCGCAGCAUCUUCUGUCGGCAGCAACAAUCGCAAACCAAAGACGACUUCCUCAUUUCAAAUCACCUCGGUGACUGUGGGUCACGCCAAGCUGAAUGCUGCCGGCGACACGGGCGACGAGUCUGCCGAUGAUCUAGAUGAAUCUCAUACGGAUGACAAUAGUCGGAUUACAGAUCUAGAGAAUGAAACGCCAUCCAUGUCGGAGGACACGUUCUCCAAGGAGGAAGUCUUCUUUGCCAACAAUGCAUUGAGCACCACAGCGCCGGUGAUACCCACCAGCUCACAGUACGGCCUCGUUGUGGUGGACCCGAUUGGCCCAGCGCUGGGCCAGACCAUACAGAACGUCCAGGUGAACGUCUCGGAUAAUAUCAUCAAUGUGGUUAGCGCGGCGGUGACGCCCGGUGGCACCAAGAAAAAGGAAGACAUGAAGGAGACGCAACAUCGCAGCGAACGCUUUAAGGUGGUCAAGAUCGAGUCGACGGAGCCGUUCAAGCGCGGCCGCUGGAUGUGCAUGGACUAUCUGGAUCACUCGAGUGUGGGUGCGGCCAAUAACAAUGAAAAGACUGGUAACACGGAAGGCACAGCGGCCAGUGUUGGUGCUGGUGCUGGUGGCAUCGGGGCCGGCAGCAACAUGCUGGAGGGUGGCUGCGAUCUCCCAAAGACAACGCAGAGCAUGAUUUUGCCGCCGAGUAUGCUGCACGAGAAUCACUUGGAGGCGGCCUCGGCGGAUGCCAAUUGGAAUUAUUCCGACCAGCAGCAGCAGCAGCAGCAGCAACAACAGACGCAACAGCAACAGUUGCAGUCGGGCGCUGGCAAUGCGGGAGCAACAAUUGGCGGUGCGGCGGCUGGGAUACACAUGACGGGCACGCCCAGCGGUGUCAUGACCGCCCCUGCCACUGUGGUGCAUGGCAUGCAGCAAUUCGUAAAUGCGGCCAACAGUGAAGCGCAGCAGCAACAACAGCAGCAGCAACAACAACAGCAGCAGCAGCAGCAGCUCUAUGACAGCGUCAAUGCCAAUGCAGGCACGCCCAAUGCCAAUGCGGAGGGAUCGCAGCACGGGCAGACGUUGCCAAUGGACUAUGCCACAGCAGCGGCCCAGCAGCUGCAACAGUCGCUGCAGCAGCUGAAGCAACAGGAGCUCGCAGCAGCAGCAGCUGCGGCCGCUGCGUCAGCAAUGGAUGUGGCAGGCAAUGCGAGUGCUGGUUAUUUGCCGGCCACGAGCGGCAAUAACAGCAGCAGCAGCAGCAAUAAUAACAACAACAACAGCAACACAAAUGUUGCUGGCACAGGUGCAACAGUUGUUGUCGGCGAGAGCAACAUGAGCAACAGCUAUGUGGAGCAACAGCAACAGCAACAGCAGCCUUUGUCGCCGGCCACGCAAACGCCCCAGGCACCGCCGCCCACAUUCGCAGCAGUUGCUGCCGGGCAGCAACAGCCACCGCCGAACUUCCAGUUGGAGCCGCAGCAACAGCAACAGCCACAGCCACAGGCAACAUCGCAAAUCGAUGGCAUUGCACCGGCCACUGCAGCAUUCCCAGCUGCAACAGCAGCAGCAGCAGCCGUAGCAGCAGCAAAUCAGACUUCAAACACUUCCACUAGCACAGCAGCAACAGUUGCCGGCACAGCAACAGCAGUAGCAGCAGCCACUGUAGUUAAUGCAGCAGCAACAGUUGCAGCUGGCCAAACGUUGCCAUUGCUGACGCAUCUGAACAGCUACGAGCCAACAGCUGUUGCCGCAACACCAGCAGCAAUACCUGCAAUGCAGUUGCAAAGCGCGCCAACAACAAUUGCGGAUGUGCAGCAAUUGGUGUUGGACGAACAGCAGCAACAAGCCGCAGCCGCAGCAGCAGCAGCAACUGCAGCAUCAACACAGACUCAACCACAAAUACCGCCAACAAAUAUCGCGAGUGUCAGUGCCAACAGCAAUGUGAAUUUAACAAAUGCAACUGCAACAGCAGUGGAUGCAACGACAACAUCGCUUGCAUUGAGCGACGAACAGCAACAAUCGACAUCAGCGACAACGGCAGCACCAGCAGCAGCAACAUCAGCUGCUUCUACAACAGCCGCAGCAACAUCAUCAACAACAACACAGCAACAAAUACAACAGCUACAGCAGCAACCAAAUGCAGAAUCAGAGACUGAAAGUGCAUCUGGAACAAGCGCGGUUGCGAUUGACAACAAAAUCGAACAGGCUAUGGACCUGGUUAAGUCGCACCUGAUGAUAGCGGUGCGCGAGGAGGUGGAGGUAUUGAAAGAGCGCAUCUCCGAGCUGAUGGACAAGAUCUCCAAUUUGGAGCUGGAGAAUAACAUACUCAAGUCGAACAUGUCGCCGGAGACCUUGCAGCAGUUGCAGAUGCAGCUACAAAUUGCUGGUAGUCAGCAGCCGGCAGCGGUCGCAGCGCCGCCAGCAACGCCGGCCAUACAGGCAGCGCCGCCGGCAGCAACAGCAGCCGUUGCAGUGACAGCAGUGACGCCGGCGUCGGCAGCAGCCACCAGCCCAGCGGCGUCAACAGCGCCGUCCACAAUCAUCGCCAAUGGCAGCGGCACAGAGAACGGAAGCAGCGGCAACAGCGGCAGCGGCAUCGACGCAGCUAUCACAACAGUCGUCGAAGCAGCACAGCCAGCGACCAACGGAGGCAGCGGCGUCGCAGCCAUCAGCACAAAUGGACCGAUGUCCUAAGCUGUUUGUUAGUUUGUUUUAAUCGUAAUUUUAUUAAUGUGGCCCACUGUCCAGGGGCACUGGAAUGUCGAAAUAAUAACACAACAAAAAACUUUGUCGCUGAGACAGAGUUAAGCGUUAGCAGCCCCCGCCCCCCUUCCAGCAAGAGCAGCAACAGCAGCAGUAACAGCAGCAGCAACAACAGUAACACCACCAACAACAAAAGCAGACCAAAAACCAAAAGUAUUACAAACAAAAGCUCAAAACAAAUAGAGAGCAGAGUGAGCAAAUGUAAGUGAGUAACAAAAAAAGAGAGAAGAGCAGGAGGAAAAGCUCUGCUGUUAAAGUUUUGUGCUGUUGGCUGCAACUGCGGCUGCUGGUAGCGCUGCUGCAGCCGCCAUUUUGUUAAUUUCUCGAUUGUGAUAUUUGUUUAACACACAUACCUUCACACAUACACAAAAUCAUCCAAACACAACAUACACACAACACACACACAUAGACAGACAUAAAUGAAUAGAUCGCGUUAACAGCCACGGCUGCGGCUGGCCAACUGUUAACGUCGGCUUUCACAGAGUGUUUUCAUUCUUUAUUUAACAGAGCGCUGCUGCGCCAAUUAACAUAAGAUUUAUGCAAUGCACAGA